ACCGUAUGCGCCAAAGUCUGGGCCUAUUUCCCGUCUCGAUAGCCCUCAGGGCUCUGCGAGGUGCGUGGAAGCCUCGCACGUCGAUCAGGCCUCCACGCGCACGCUUCAAUUCCACAGCCCCCCUCCAGGCGGUUGGCGCAUCCCCCAACGAGUCGCCGGAGCCGCCUGCGAUAGUCCUCCGAGACUACCAGGAAGAUUGCAUUCAGUCGGUGCUGGGCAGUCUGAGACAGGGACAUAAGCGACUGGGGGUCUCACUGGCGACAGGUGCGGGAAAAACGGUCGUCUUCACACAGCUGAUCGGACGAAUACCACCGCGCAAUGGCCACGACAAGACGAUGAUAAUCGUGCAUCGGAGGGAGCUGGUCGAGCAAGCUGCUCGGCAUUGCCGUCUGGCCUACCCCGAUCGGACCGUCGAGAUCGAAAUGGGGAACACUGUCGCGACGGGGUCAGGGGACAUCAUCAUUGCCUCCAUACGGAGCCUCACCUCGAAGGAUCGAAUCGAAAAGUUCGACCCAAAGCGGUUCAAACUAAUCCUGGUGGACGAGGCGCAUCACAUCGUCGCGCCAAGCUAUCGCGUCGCAUUGGCGCAUUUUGAUCUGAACGAGCCAUCGCCCAACUCUCCUGCCCUCGUCGGGGUAUCCGCCACAUUCUCGCGCUUCGACGGGCUCAAGUUGGGGGCUGCAAUCGACCACAUCGUGUAUCACAAGGACUACAUGGACAUGAUUGACGAGAAAUGGCUUUCCAACGCCGUUUUCACUACCGUCCGGUCCCAAGCAAAUCUCUCCAAGGUCAAGAAGGACAGGUUUGGCGACUUCGCCUUAGGCUCUCUUUCCGAGGCUGUCAACACAACGCAAACCAACGAUAUCACCGUGCGUGCAUGGCUGGCCAACGCACGUGAGCGAAAGUCCACCCUGGUGUUCUGCGUCGACGUCGAGCACACCAAACAGCUUACCGAGGCGUUUCGCGCUGUAGGUAUUGACGCCCGGUACAUCACAGCCAAGACACCGAGGGAAAAGCGAGAUGAGCAGCUGCGCGCAUUUAGGAACCAGGAGUACGCCGUGCUUUUGAACUGCGGGCUCUUCACGGAAGGCACCGACAUCCCGAACAUCGACUGCGUGCUGCUCGCGCGGCCCACGCGGUCCCGGAACCUCCUCACCCAGAUGAUCGGACGAGGCCUCCGGCUCCAUCCCGGCAAGAAGGAUUGUCACAUCAUCGACAUGGUAGCCACCUUGGAAACAGGGGUCCUCUCCGUCCCGACGCUAUUCGGACUCCACCCGGACGAAAUCCUGAAAGAAGAGCACGCGCGAGAUCUGCGAGGAAGGAAGUACGUUGUGCCCGUCAACUCAGCAGACCCGGACUCCAACCUCGAGCCCACCGCCGCCAAUACCGAAACGUCAGAGAACCUCAAAAUCACCUUCACCAAAUACGACACGAUCCACGACCUCAUCCACGACAUGAAGACUGACAAACACAUCCGCUCCCUCAGCCGGUACGCCUGGGUCCGGGUCGGCGAGCACAAAUACGUCCUCUCCGACUCGACCGGCUGGCUCGCCCUCGAAAAAGAGAACUCCCCCUCCCCUCCCCCCUCCCCUCCCCUCCUCCCCAAGAGGAAGUACAAGACGAAGAAGAAACCAGACCCCCCGCAGCCACACUACACCGUCAGCCAGGUCACGAAAUUCCGAGACCUCAUGGACCUCGCCCAUUACACCCGUCCGCGGGUCAUCGCGACAGCAGAAGACUUCGAAUCGGCCGUCCGCGCCGCCGACACCUUCGCUGCCUCCGAGUUCGAUGAGCGAUAUAUCUCCACGCGACAGUCCUGGCGCCACAGCCCCGCCACCGACGCGCAGACCGCCAUGCUGAACAAGGCCAAUAUCCGGGACGGGCUGAUCAAGUCGGGGGAUCUGACGCGCGGGCAGGCCGCGGAUCUGAUCACGAAGCUGAAGUUCGGGGGGAAGAACCGGUUCGCGAAGAAAAGGAAGGAAAGACGCGCGGAGGAGGACAGGGCGCGCGGUCUGGAGGAGUUGAGGAAACGGGGUGAGGUUCGCGUUGGGCCUCUUGACUCUUGACUUGAGGAAUGAUGGGAUGUUUGUCUUGCAUUCAUCUCAUUUCAUCAAUUUGAUUAUAUUGGGACUUAGGAUAGAAGGAUGGAGUAUCAUAUCGAC